AUGGAUUUUGACGAGUACGACUACUUGGAGAAGACGGUGGAGGAUGAGCCAUCGAAGGAGGAGCGGCCGGCGAACGGUGCCCAGUCGGGGGACCGGGAUGAGGGGAAGAGCUCGAAGGGGCUCUCGGAUGAGGUCGCCGGGGAAGUUGAGCGCGCUUCCAAACGCGUGAAGUCUGAGGACGAUGGCGCCGCCAGGGAUCUCGACCGACGAAGGGACUCCUCCCGGCACCGCUCUUCCCCCGAGCGCCGAUCGAGAGACGGGGAGCGGAGUGAAAAGGAGAGGCACAGGAGUGGAAGGGAGCACAGGGAUGGAGACAGGAGCCGGGAGGAGAAGAGCCGGAAGGAUAGUGCAAGGAACAAGGAGAGGGACAGGGAGAGGGAGAGGGACAAGGAGAAGAGCAAGGAGAGGGAUAGGGAGAGGAACAAGGAGAGGGGUAGGGAUAGGGAUAGAGACAAGGAGAAGGGAAGGGAGAGAGACAAGGACAGGCAUAGGGACAGGGAUAGGGAGGGGGAAAGAGAUAGGGAAAGGGAGGGGGAAAGAAAUAGGGAAAGGGAGAGGGAUAGGGAACGAGAACGGGACCGGGAGAGGAUUAGAGAGCGAGAGCGGGAGAGGGAGCACGAAAGGUUGUGGCACAGCAGGAGCCUCUCCGAGAAGCGUCGUGAGGAGGAUCGUGAUAUGCAUAGGGAGACGAGCAAGGAUAGAGAACUCACUGAACGGGAAAGCAGGUACAAAAGCUUAUCUGUUUUACUGUUCCUGCUGCUUCUGACUUUGCCGAAUGUUGGAAACUACCAUUCAUUAUGUUCCCUGAUAAAUUUAAACCAACUCUUUUGCACGUUUUUUUUCAUUUUCUUGAGGUCCUGAAUCCAAGUAGAACUGACAGGGAAAUAGAAGAAGUAGCUUGAUUUGAUUCGCUUUUCUUGGCAUCAUUUGCUUUUUUAGUUCAUGAAUACUUUUGUUCAUAAUAUGGAAAAAAAAUAGUUCAUGAAUAUUAAUAUUUUAGUUUUUUUCGUUUUGCCCUCAUAAGUUAUCAAUUGGAUAGGUAAAAGGUCAUAUUUUAGUUUACAAUCUCCAGUUAUUUAAACUUAUUAAUGUGAUAUCUUCCCCGUAUUCCCAGCAGUAAACCCUGGCCUAAUUAAUGUAGUUGUCUAGAUUUUCUCUUCCCCGGAAUUAGACUGCGAUCUGCUGCUUGCUUGUCCCCGUGUCACAUAAGCCCUUUGCCGUUAUAUCUGUUGCAUCUUUUUCCUCAACUUUCAGGUUCCUGUAAUGAUCAAGUGCAUGUUUCUCCUUUGAAGUCGUGAACAAGCGUGUUUUACUUCUUUAUUAGGUGUGUUUCACAACCUAGAGAAAAAAAUCUCCCGCUACUUGAUCUCUUGAGUUAUGAUUUGUGGCGCUGGUGGAAAAACAAUCAUUAGAUACUCUCUCUCACCAGUCACCAAUGUCGAAACAAAUGUCUCUCAGAUGAAAUCCUCUCAAUCGAGAAGCAUGCUUAAAUCCACAGAGUGCUGCAGAUAUUUCCUAGUGCCUGAACUUUAGUCCAUAUCUUUCCUAUAUAAUGUGUAUUUUUUACUCAAAUGGGGUAUCUGGAUGACGUCUGAGGGUGUGUUUAUACUAUCCCUGCUAUUUAUUCUGUUGCCAAUGAUUCCUUUCUAUUUCUUUCCGCGAUUAGCUCUCCUUUUUUUUUUUUCAAUUACUUCCUUGAAUGUAUGAUUUCUUGAAUCAUGAAUGCUCAAAUGUUGUCUUUGAUUGUACGUGUUAUUUCCAUUUGAAAAUUCUGAAUAUUGAACGUUAGAUUCUGGGCGCUCGCAGAUGCACUAGAGCAGUCUUCCGACGAUCAUUCUGGAAUCUGAGCCUUAUUCAAAACUCAGGUUAUGGGUCUUAAAGAAUUCAUCCUUGCUAAAAUUUCUCUAACAUAUUUAGAAGCAGGGGUAGCAAUCUGGGAUGGCAACACCAAGAUUUUUGAACUGAGCGGUGUUGUCAUAUUAUGAUUUUGGUUAUCCUGCAACUCAGAACGAAGUGGCUUAAUCAUAUUUAUUCUGUUGCAGACAUGCUGGUUGGGGGAGUCUUGGGCUUUUUCACUGCCCUCCAUCUUCUGAUGCUUAUGAGGAAAUGGAUGUUGCAGAACAGACUUUUUGUUUCUUGCAGGAUUUAACAUCACACCCCCAUGUGAUUGUCGGUGGCAAAUUUAGGCCUUACACGGUUUUUAUAGUAUGCCCAAACUUGUGUCUUCUCAGAGAAUAAUCAAAUUUGUGGGUUUUCUCACUGGCUGAAUAUAUAUAUCUUUUGCAGAAAUUCAUUUAUUAUUUUGCCACUGACAGAAACCUCCUCCCCCCCCCUUCCCCCCAACCACUCCUUUUUAAAUAUACAUAGAUAUAUUCAUGAAGGAAUAGAGGCAAGAAAAGAUAAGACUAGUUACCAAAAGAACAUUUUUCCUUUUCAGAAGUGAUUGGCACUAAACAUCAUUGACAUUAAUACAAGAGGACAAGAAACAAAAUCCUUGUGGUGUGUGCUGUGCAUGGACCUACUUUUUAAUUGCUUUUCACGAUACGUCAUAUUCGUUUUUUCUGUGCAUAGAAUGAAGUUUAGUAUUAAACCAUUGCACUUCAUCUUUCUGCGUUGUUAUAAUUUCAUAGGAUUCUUAUAUCAUAUGGUUUGUGUGGCUGAACUGUAUGAUAGCUAUAUUCUUGGAUAUGAUCCAUGCCAUGGACACAGUCAUCGCAUGACAAGCUGGUUAUACUCAUUUAAAUGCAUUGUUGGCCCUUUUAAGUUGUAGAACUGUACAUCUUCCCACUUUUUAUUUGUCCGCUAUCAUGUUAUUGAUUUACAGCUGUUUCAUUUUUACACAGGCGUUACAAAGAAAAGAAGGAAGAACCUGCAGAGCCUGAGGCUGAUCCAGAGAGGGAUCAGAGAACUGUUUUUGCUUAUCAGGUUACCUGCUAUCAAUUUUCUCAUUAUACUUCUGUUUUUGCUAUUCUUUUUUAUUUCACACCUUUUGAUGAGGAUCCAGUCUCUUGAAUAUUAUUUUGACAGAUUAGUUUGAAGGCAGAUGAAAGAGAUGUAUAUGAGUUUUUCUCUAGAGCUGGGAAGGUAAGUCUAGGAUAGCUAUCCAAAUUAAUAUAUUUCGUUUAAUUUUUUCGUCGAAUUUUGUUUCUAUCUUUCUUGUGCCCGGUCACUAAUUAUACGAAAAAUAUAGAAUAAAAUAGGCAUGUCAGUCUAUAACUUCCUAUAUAUUUUCCUUGCGCUCUUCUAAUCAUUUGCUACGAUUGAUAUGUUAGGUGCGGGAUGUCCGUCUCAUAAUGGACCGUAAUUCAAGGCGCUCAAAGGGAGUGGGGUAUGGCUCUUUUUCCUGACCGUUCCUAUUUGUUCCAGACUUUUCUUCAAGUUUUUAUGGCUAUAGGCCAAAUGUGCGCAUAACAGAACUAGACAUAAUUUGGAAGGUUAAUUUCAUUCUAUAAGGGCCCCGCACAAACACGCACACACACCCCCCCGCACAAACUCCUGGAAGUUUAGGGGGGUAUCUAUAAGCUGUGGUUAUUAAUAAUAAAAGAAAAAUAUAUGCUGCCCAUUGACUUAAAGUCCUGUCACUUUAGUGAACUUUAGUGAUAUCUUUUAAAUUUCAAAGACCCAAUACAUUUGUCGUUCAAUGUACGGCUAACAUGUGUCAGUGCUCUGCAGGUACAUUGAAUUUUAUGAUGUUAUGUCAGUUCCAAUGGCAAUCGCACUCAGUGGUCAGCUACUCCUUGGUCAACCUGUUAUGGUUAAACCCUCAGAAGCUGAGAAGAAUCUUGUUCAAUCAAACACAGUAACGGCCAGUGGAGCGGGUGGGCUUACAGGGCCUUAUUCUGGCGGAGCAAGGAGAUUGUAUGUGGGCAAUCUUCACCCCAGCAUCACAGAAGAACAAAUCCGCCAGGUUAAAUGAUUAACUUCUAGUGUUUACCUAUUUAACUUUCGGUAUAUUCCUGAGGACGAGAUCUUCAACGUUAUUUUCGAUCGAAAGGAGUCUCGGCAUGUGUAGUUUUGUGGACAGGGAAUGAUAGGAACAGCAUGCUUGAAUAAACAGUGAAGCUGACAUUAGUGACUAAAAAGCCGUGAAAGCUGUUGCGGUCAACUCUGAAGAGAACAGAUAGCCUCCGAUUUUCAUUCUAUCUGGACAUCCAAUUCCUAGCCUCCUCUCCUCGGUCUUCCACUGAGUUUAUAGCUGCAAAUGUAAUAGAAAUCAAGUUUUUGUUGUAGUGCUCAAAGGUAUCGCUCUUCUAUUGUCAUCUUGAGGAUGCCUCCCUUCCUGUCACUAUACAUAUACACACGUAUAUGUGACAUCUAUACGUCCGAUUUCUCCCAGAAAACAAGUCCGUUCUCCCCUUCGUCUCUAGAUGCAAUCGCUAUUACUUGAUGUUGCUGUUGUUGUUAUAACGAGGGUCCUGACCUGUUUUGCUUACAACCCCCUCUUUUAAUUUUCUUUUUUCCCUUGACCUAUACGAAGCAGAGUAAAUAGUCUCUCCCCAGAUAUUUAGCUCUGAAAUCGUAGAUUAUUUCUCCAGAUUUCAGUGUGUCAGCAUCGUUCUACUGAUUCUCAUUGGGUCACGGUCAUACAGGUGUUCGAACCCUUUGGCCCUGUUGAGCUGGUGCAGUUACCUCGUGAGCCAGGUACACAACAGUGCAAGGGCUAUGGUUUUAUUCAAGUAAGUUUUAUCAUCAAUGUGGUGCCAUCUUCUCUUCUCUAUGAAACUCAGUCUUUCAGCGCCGACCGAUUCUGCUUGAUUCUCGCAGUUUGUUAGUCUUGAAGAUGCAAGAGCUGCUCAAAGCUUAAACGGACAACUGGAGAUUGCCGGCAGAGUCAUCAAGGUUUGCAUAGAUAUGUAAAUAUGAAUAUAAAGCACUAAGGACUUGCAUACCUUCGUCACAUUAUGUGGGCAUCUUCCUCUCUCUACCUCUAGGUUUCCACUGUAUCUGAACAAGUGGGGAUGCCAGAAUCUGCGAUGAAUGCUGCUGAUUUCGAUGAUGAUGAAGGAGGUGGUCUGGUGAGUAUCUAUCAAAUUUCUGCCUUGUUCGAUCUUUGUCACUAUGAAUUACCCAAAAUAACAUGUUUGUUAUAUAACAUACAUGACUGGAACUAUCUUGAAUAUUCUAGUUAGCUUACAUGCACCAUAUAUACACGGAAAGAAAGGUCAAUUUCCUUCCAUUCAUUUAACUGGGUCAGAUUAUUUCCGAUACCUGAAGGAUUUCUUGACCAUCGUCCUGGUUUCUCUAGGCUCUCGAUGCCCACUCCAGAGCUCUCCUCAUGCAGAAGUUGGAUCGCAGUGCCAUCACUACCAGGUUUGUGGCCUCAAUCCACUCUCUGCGUCGCUAUAUGUGAAAAGAGGCUCAUUAUCUGAAGUCGUGUUUGAGUGUAUAAUAAAAAAAAAAAUCUAUCUGAGGAUUUUAUGGAAGUUGACAGUUCAAAAAUUGAUUAGUGAUUAUUUCUUUAUACAGAAAUUCACGUUAAACAAAAAAAAAAUACCACCAGAGAUCUUGCGGAUAUGGAGAACCGAAAUUCACCAUUUAAUAUUUUUGGAAGUAUUAACUCACGUUAAAUAAAUGUGCAAAUACACUCUUUAUCCGAGGAUUUUUCGAGCAGAGACGAUAAAAAUUCAUCGGUGGUCACCUUUGGGAUUAUAUAAUGUCACAUAAAAUAGACAUGGAAAAACGAUAUUCAUUAUUCAUCUCUCUUCAUUUUCCAGUGUUGUUGGAUCCCUCACCAACCCUGUCGUCAGCAACCCUGCCGGGGCGUCGGUUCUUGGCGCACCACCGCCAGUCGCCCUGCUUGGGCAGCCGCCGCUGCCCAGGCUGAUUGGACUGCCAGGGCUGAACCUGCCGUUGGCUGCAGCGGCGGCGGCGGCGGCAGCGGCAGCGGCAGCGGCGGCGGUGCCGCCGAUCAACACAAUCGGUGUCCCCAGUGAGUGUCUGCUCCUGAAGAACAUGUUUGAUCCGAGCGUUGAGGUGCGAUCUGCAUCAUCAUUGCCUCUGUUUUAUUUAUUAUCCAUCCUCCACAUGUGAAUUAAUCUUUUUAUUUAUAUUUAUAUUUAUAUUUUUGUGUAGACUGAACCCGACUUUGAUUUGGAUAUUAAAGAGGACGUUCAGGACGAGUGUUCCAAGUUUGGCCAAGUGAAGCACAUCUUCGUUGACAAGUGAGUUUUCUCUUUUCUCUGAAAAUAAAAAAGUUUCUACUUCUUGAUAGGGUUUGUCAACGGGCUCCAUUCCAUCCUCCCCCCCCCUUCGCCCUGUUUUUUAGAGACUGACGGACAGACAGAUAGAGAGAGAUAGAGAGAGAUAGGAUGUGAUAGGGAUAUAGAGAGAUAGAGAGACAAACGGACAGACAGACAGACAGAGAUACGGUGUGAUAGGAAUAUAGAGAGACAGAGAGAUAGGGUGUGAUAGGGGGGGAGAGAGAGAGAGAAAGGUUGCCGCUUCUUGGUUAGAUUCUGUGAAUGUGGUUUCUGAUUUGCUUGAUCGCCGAUCGAGAAAAAGAAAAUUCCUUGCGGUAGGGUCUGGAAAAAAUAAAAAAUAAUAAUAUUUGUUCGAUCGUGGUUGACUUUGCAGGAAGAGCACGGGUUUCGUGUAUCUCCGCUUCGACAGCGCGACCUCUGCGAUCAGCGCCCAGCGCGCCCUCCAUGGGCGGUGGUUUGCAGGGAAGAUGAUUACGGCGACGUUCAUGGUCCUCUCUCUCUCUCUCUCUCUCUCUCUCUCUCUCUCUCUCUCUCUCUCUCUCUCUCUCUCUCUCUCUUAAUCUCUGUCUCUUCUCUGCAGCUUCCUCAAAAUUACAGCGCAAAGUUCCCCGGCGCUUAG